AUGCAAGUCGAUAUCGGCAACAACACAGUCCGGCAGAACUUCAGCAUCGUCUCCAGUGAGGAGAUUCGUCAGCUCAACAAUCGUCUUCAGCAGGCCUACGCAGGUGCAGCGCCCGCUCAAGCUACCGCAGCAGGUCACCAGGAAGGCGGUGGUCCUGGCGCCGUGCUGUCCGACCGACGCGUGAAUCACAACGCUGUUGAAGGAGAAGCCGGUGUACCGAGUAGCCACGAAAACGUUUCCCGCUUGCGUCGGCGCUCGUCUCUGAACCUGAGUCGCUCGUCCGCGGGAUCUCGCCACUCGUAUCACCAGCACCAGGGGAGGCAGCACGGCAGCACUCAACGCGGCCGCUCUGGGCACUCCCAGUCGCCUGAGCAGCCUGCUCUGCCGCCACAGCAGGCGAUUCUUGGGGUAUCGUAUAUCGCUCCCGUUGCGCGGACAACCACCCCGGCGAACCGCAGCACAGCGAUUAACAACGGGUCUGUGUCACGUCGAGCUAACAUUUCCGGCAUACCUCGGAGCCUCAACAGCCACAUUCUACAGCCGCCGCAUCCACAGCAGCUGCUUGCGCAGCCGCCGCAGACACCAGCGGUCUUCGGUGGUGCAGGACCGUCGCCGGCGCCUAUGGCUACCGUCACUUCGACCCCGCAUCGCCAGCAGGGCUGUCCCGAUGCGGCCCAGGACAAGAGCGGGGCAGCCGCUGCUGCAGGAGCCGUAGAUGGCGCGCCCGUGUUCACCGGAGACAACCGUAGCAAAGCGAUACUCGGCAACGAGGGCGACGGGAACUGCCGUGGCGAUGAGGGCAGCGGCCCGCAGGGCGGCGGCGAUGCCGGCAGCCGUAACUGCAACAAUAAACCCGCCGCAGCGGCCAUCCCGAAACUAGCACACACGAAGAUUCAGUUAGGCAUGCGCUUGCGUCGAUGGAUCGUCAUCAAUCGCAUCGGCGCCGGAUCCUUCGGUGAAACGUUCACUGCCAUAGAGGUGGACGGUCCGGCCGAGGAGGAGGAUACUCUCACCGUAGCCUCGGAGAAUCUGACGCUACUGGAAAAUUUGCCCCCGGUGGAGGAGCGCAACGAGGUGUGCAUCAAAGUAGAGCAAGAAAACAAAAAUGUACUGCGACUGGAGGCGUUGGCCUUAAAGAAGGUGCAGCCCUGUCCCCAAGUGGUGCGCUAUCUUGGUAGCGGCUGCACGAAUGGAAUGAACUACCUGGUGAUGGAGAAGUUAGGGUCGAACCUAGCGGAGCUGCGCCGUCGCAGUCAGCAUGGCACCUUCAACAUCUACACGACACUCAAAGCCGGCGUCUCGUGCCUGACAGCGAUCCGCGGAGUUCAUGACCUUGGGCUGGUGCACCGUGACAUCAAGCCGUCGAACUUUGUCACCGGGCUGCCUGGCACUCCAGAUCAUACCACGUGCUACUUGAUCGACUUCGGCCUCGCCCGCCGCUUCCGCCGCUCGAACGGCGAAAUUCGCCCGCCGCGGGAAAACGCUGGGUUUCGUGGAACGAGCCGGUACGCCUCUGUCGCCUCGCACCACCACCAGGAGCUGGGCCGCGUAGAUGACUUGUGGAGCUUGCUCUUCAUGCUCGUAGAGUUUGCUACCGGGACGCUACCGUGGCGCAAGUACAAGGAGAAGGAUGACAUUGGACGCUGCAAAGAGGAGUCCAUCAGCCCGCAUCUCGUGCGCAACCUGCCACGCGAGUUUCAGCCCUUCUUAGCUCACUUGCAGACCCUCCGCUACGAGGACGAGCCGGACUACGACCUGCUCCUCACUCUCAUGCAUCGCGCGCUAGACCGUCGCGGCUACCCACCCAAUAAACCCGUAGAGUGGGAGAUCGACUCGUCGAUGGCGGACUCCGGCAUAGACGCCGACGGUGCUCCUGUGGCUGACCCAGGUGCGGGAGUCGUGCAGGGCUCUGUGGCUCACCUUCGCGAUGUCGGCCCGGCACCUGACGCUGCCGGAAAUGGGCAUUCGAUCGACGGCAAAGCGAGUGGCAGGCCGUUGCCACCGCCGCCCCGUAGAGCGGCUCCGCUGCCUGGCACUGCAGAAAUGGGUUCACGAGAGCUACUGCACCCCGAUGCGGCCCAGCCGAACAGCGUUGCCAGCCGCGUAGGCAGCGGCAAUGGCGCUGCAGGAAAUGGCGUAAGCAUGAGUGGAUACCCGGCCGACAUUCUGCGUCCGCAUAACAGCGGCACACUACGUGUGAGCGAGGUUGACCUUGGGGGCUCUGGCGGGGGUCAGGAUAGUAUGCACGGCAACCCCUCGGUCGGAGUAGAUGCUUCCGUGCAGUACGGUCGGCAGAGCCCGCAAGGCGGGUCUGCUGACAUUCCUAUAGCUACAGCGGGUCUUGCUGUCGAAGGCAGUGAGUUACCCCGCGCACAACCCAGCUCGGGUGAGUACGACCACAACGAAUACUCCCUGCGUGAAAACGGGAGUGGUGCGUACAGUCUUCCCAUGGCGCCUGUUUCCCAGCUCAACGCCGCGAUAGCUUCUGGUGCUGAUCCCCCCGGCAGCUCUCCAACAGGAGGCCCGCUAGUGAAUUCCGCGCUGGAACCAAACAACGCUACUCAGUGGAGAGAGACGGCCGCUGAACGCAACGGGCUACAGCGUCGAGCAGAUCAUCAGCAUCACGAAAACGAAUGCGGCGAUCCAAACAACAUGAAGAAGGGGGCAGGCCGAUUCCACCAGCACAUGGUCGGCCCCACCGCCGACCUUGACGCCCCCACGAUAACAGACGAGCAAGGGGAUGCACACGGCGGUAAGGAUGGUAAGGCGUCAUCUAAGAAGAAGUUACACUGCGAUUGCGUUGUCAUGUAG